UUUUUUAUUUUUUUAUUUAUUUUUUGUUUUUUGUUUUUUCGUCUGUCGCGUGCUUGGCGCGGCUGUUUAUCGCAAGUGAGAAGUGCUUUGAUGUGUGUGACAUUCCAGCAAGAGAGAGAUAGAGAGAGAGAGAGAGAGAGAGAGGGGAACAACUGAGCAACAUCAAGCGAGAAAGCGUUCGUUUUGAAUCCACAGUUGCAGCUUCCCCCUCUGCCUGUCCCCGGUGUCUGAGGAAACGAGCUGCUGUGCCGUGGAGUCACAGGAGGGACAUUGUGAGCGAGAGAGAGUGAGAGUGAGUCACGAGCGAGCGCUGAGCCACUCCAAACCAUCUGUGGUUAGGCAGCGGAACCACCUCGCCGUUUCCCCCAAUGACCACCUUCAUCACAUCAUCAUCAUCAUCAUCCACAUAACACUAGCAAUAGUCAAUGUCGGUUUGAAUCGAAUCUCAUUGCCCAGCCUCACCUGACGACCACCUGAAUCCCAGUGUUACAAAUGUUGUUUGAUUGUUUUGAACGUCUCUUCUCGCUUUCUUCCCUCUUCCCUCUUUCCCCCCAAAAAGAGCGGAAUAGCAGCCGCAGGAGCAUUGAAAAAUCACUCACCAUUGAAAUUGCUUUGACGCUUGAUUUUGCGACAGGCUCGAUCUGCUCGACAAAACUCACACUGAACACGUACAAGCUGCCAUUCGAAGGCGCCACACUCUACUGCGCAAAGUGCCUGCCACAAGAUCGACCAACCAUCACCACAGACAAUGUCGACUUUGUGAAUGCCCGCGAGCGACCCAAGAUUGGCGUCGUCAACGAGCAAGUCCGAGGAGAGCUUGCCGGCCAGAAGCCGAACGAGAGCGUCGACUCGCUCGCCAUCGCCAACCGCGUUAACGCCCCAAAAGCAGGGCUCGUCAACGACCAAGUCCGCGGCGAACUCGCUGGUGUCAAGCCCAACGAAUCCACCGAUUCCCUCGCCAUUUCCAACCGUGUGAACGCUCCGCGUCAAGAAGUUGUCAACCAACAACUACGGUAA